UAGUGUCUACGCAGCCAAACACAGAUCAUAGUCUCAAAAUGAGCCUGUGCCCACCACGAGCAAGCCCAUGAUCUAUACAACUCAGUGAUAUGCGCAAUAUUCAGUGUAUUAGCGGGCUUCGAACAAAGUGGUUCGUUUUCACGUCGCCACGCUUCUUCUGGACUUCCAUGACUUUAAACUAUUUUUGUGUCAGUCUUGGAAGGGCGUGUAGUUGUCUAGCCCAGUCCAGUAGCGAGCUAGUAAAGGGAGUGCCCUGAAGAAGAUAGGCCAAGUUCAGGUAUGGGUGGUGUCAUGGAGGAGGAGGUGGUGCGGGGGUGCCUGAGGAGGUUCCUAGAGGAUUUCCCUGCUCCGCUGGGUCCUGAAGACCCCCUGCCUCUCAACCCCCUCAGCAGGAAGGUCACCCUGGACGAACUAAGAGGAGAGAGCCUGGAUCUGGGCUUACGCCUACUCAACACCAGAGACGCUCCUUCAACACUGAAUGCAGCCAUGUGCCACGCAGCUUUGGCUGAGCUGCUGAAGGCUGACCUUUCACCUUUCCACCUCCCCCAGGAAACCGAACAGCAGCAAGGAGAGGAACAGGAAGUUGUUUUGCUCCAAUCGGAGCCCGUCCAGCGGCUGUUUCUCAAUAAGCUUCGAGAGGUGGGUGUGGCUUGGCAUCAGAAUCUCCCCUCCCCUCUCCCAAUAGGACCCUCCCGUUUCCUCAUGUGCUCCGCCCACGCCAUCAGGAACACUCGAAGGAAGAUGGAGGAUCGCCAUGUGACCCUCCCUGACUUCAACACACUCACUGGCCUCAAGGACGGUGUGGAGCGUGGUUACUAUGCUGUGUUUGACGGGCAUGGCGGCGUGGACGCUGCUAUUUAUGCCGCCACCCACCUGCACGUCACUCUCAGCCAGCAGGAGGAGCUGCAGAGCGACCCGGCCACUGCCUUCAAGACAGCCUUCACUCGCACUGAUGACAUGUUGAGAGGGAAAGCCAAGAGAGAGCGUCUUCGCAGCGGCACUACAGGCGUGGCGGUGCUGCUGCAAGGGGAGUGGCUUCAUGUGGCGUGGCUGGGAGACUCCCAGAGCAUGCUGGUCCGACGGGGACAAGACAUCCCUCUGAUGGACCCACACAAGCCUGACAGAGAGGAUGAGAAGCAGCGUAUAGAAGGCCUGGGUGGAUGCAUCGUCUUCAUGGGCUGUUGGCGUGUCAACGGAACCUACGCCGUCUCUAGGGCCAUAGGGGACUUUGACCAGAAGCCGUAUGUCUCUGGCGACGCUGACUGUUCCUCCACACGGCUACACGGAGACGAGGACUACAUCCUCCUGGCCUGCGACGGUUUCUUCGACGUCGUCCGGCCCGCAGAGGUCCCGGCUCUGGUUCUCGGGACGCUACGGGAGCAGGGGGAACCCCAGGGGGCCGUGGAGGGGGCCGGGUGUGAAGAGAUCUCAGAGGGUGUACUAGGGGAGCGAGUGGCCCAGGAGCUAGUAGCUCACGCCAAGGCAGCAGGCUCUAGUGAUAACAUCACUGUCAUGGUGGUGUUUCUAUGUCCUCCUGCACAGCUACUGCUCCAGGACCAGAGCAACAUCGCUGUUGCUACUGAGGGGCCAGCCCAGGAGUAGGGUAAAGUUGUCCCUAGGCACUGAUCUGGGGUAAGUUUUGUAUUAAUGGUUUGUACUAACGGUUAAGGUUAGAAUUCGGGGGAGGGGGGGCUCACCGCUGAUCCUAGAUCUGUACCUAGGGGAAACUUCACCCCGGAGUGCCAGCCCAGGCCUCCAACUCCCAGAACACACAGGGGCUGUGAGACAGGAAGACUGCUGCUGUUACCCACAGUGCACGUGGGCAGGAAUUGGACUGGAUUUAAAAGGCAGUAUUUAUUAUGUAAUGACGUGACGGUGCCAAGCUUCUCGGUCACUGCGUGUUGUGGUCAGCCUUUUGAAUCAACGCUGGUGCUGAAACAGAUAUUCAACUGGACUGGAGAAGCUCUGUUCAUAACAAAACAAGUCUUGGCACAGACUAAUAGUUUCUACUAUGGUUCUGCCAAUGGUCAGAAUCCAGUGUGCUUCAAUAAGGUCCCUCUGGAUUCGUCAGGAGAUGUAAUGCAGAGCUGCCCAACCCUCUUCCUGGAGAUCUACUGUCCUGUAGGUUUUCAGUCCAACCCUCUUCCUGGAGAUCACCUGUCCUGUAGGUUUUCAGUCCAACCCUCUUCCUGGAGAUCUACUGUCCUGUAGGUUUUCAGUCCAACCCUCUUCCUGGAGAUCUACUGCCAUCUAGGUUUUCAGUCCAACCCUCUUCCUGGAGAUCUACUGUCCUGUAGGUUUUCAGUCCAACCCUAAUUUAGCGGUUCUGAUUCAGCUAGUUAACGUCUUUGUUGAGCAGCUAAUUAAUAUAAUCAGGUGUGUUAAAUUAGGGUUGGACUGACAACCCACAGGGACUGUAGAUCUCCAGGAAGAGGGUUGGACUGACAACCCACAGGGACUGUAGAUCUCCAGGAA